AUGUCAACUAAUAAUGCCACUAAGGCAUAUAUCGCUUCUCUUCAAUAUACUUCAACACAAAUCAAUUUAUAUGUGCCGACUUUUAUCAUGAUCUUUGGCGUUGUCGGCAAUCUGACAAAUAUAUUGGUAUUUACUCAACGAGCACUUCGAUCGAAACCAUGUGUUAUCUAUUUUCUUGUGUCCAGUAUAACAAGUUUUAUGAGUCUUAUCUCGGGUCUUACACCACGUUUAUUUCAAAGUUUAUUUCUGGUCCCAGAUGCAACACAGGUAGUAUCUGUCUUAUGUAAACUACGUAUCGUGGUUCUCUUUAUCACUCGUACUAUUUCUUCAUGGCUUCUUGCUUUUGCUACUGUUGAUCGUUAUGUGAUCUCAUCUCUUGAUGUCAAUAAACGACAAAUGAGCAAUUUGAAGAACGCCUAUCGGUGCAUUAUAGUCAUUACUAUUCUUUCAAUUAUAUUCUGGACUGAAUCUAUCUAUUGUUUCGAUGUCAAUCUAACUGGUACUCCACAACCAUGCUAUGCCAAGUCCGACUCAUGUCGUAUCUUCAACGAUCUUUCUCAAUCUUUAGUUACAACGCUGAUUCCAUCGACAAUCAUGUUCAUACUUGGUUUGUGUACUAUUGGCAAUAUUCGACAAUCUCGACAAGUUGGACCUUCAUUGACAAAUACGACUGGCUCUACUCGGAGAGGACAUGGAAAAGAUGAACAAAGUUUGACAGUGAUGUUGGCAUCACAAGUUAUCCUUCUCACUAUAUUCAAUCUUCCACAAGCAGGACAAAAGUUCUAUUUAACCUACACAUUUUAUGCGAAAAAAGCAUCAUCCCAAGUAGCACUUGAAAAUUUUGUUUUCAACGUUGUACUUCUUUUUACCUACAUACCGAAUUGUAUUCCAUUUUACUUGUACACAAUAACUGGCAGUUUAUUUCGAGAAACACUUGUAAAAUUAGUACAACAUGGAAUCGGACAUUUAAAAUGUUGGAAUUAG